AUGUGGGAGAGACCUCUUCGUUGUCCUUUCUCUACUUUCUUAGAAGGACCGUUAAAUCUUUCGUCGGGUCCGUUCCUUUUACUGAUGAGGAACGCCAUCUCCUCACGGUGGAACCGGAGUCUAGGAUUACGGGGAUGGACAACCCGCAACCAUCGCAAGAAAGGCUUUAUUCAUUCGCAGACCAGUGGCAUUUUGGACCUCUUUACUGCAGACGAGAUUGACAUUCUCGUAUCCGACCGACAAUUUUCUCACGGGCGUACAAUUCCGCCACAUCUUGUUGGUGACGACUCAGCUGCUCUUGACGUUGCUUUUGCAAUUGGGAACCAGGCGCGAGGGUUGAAUAACGACAUGCCUUUAUCCGAGGCUUAUUUUUCUCGUGCUUGUACAAUUGCCUUCAAGGAUGCUCUCAUGUCUCAGACCUUGGGCAAAACACGACUUUUCGUUCUCCUCGCUUUUUACACACUCAGUUCCUGUAACCGAAAUUCAGCGGCAAUGUUUCUUGCGAUUGCGGCCAAAGCCGCCGUGAUCUUAGAUCUCGAAAGCUCUCAAGAGGGUAGGAUCCCAGGGGAAGAUUUAAGUACUAGAAAGCGAGUGUGGAGCAGUCUUCGAAACCUUGAUAUCUUGAGCAGCUUUAUCAUUGGAAGACCAAAGAAUUUGCCGCCCGUUAAACAAAAUGCAGCGAAACUGCAGGCCUCCAACGACAGGAACUUCGAAUCUUCUCAGUCAACUUUCAUGGCAAUGAUAGAUGCUUGUGCUCUCUUAGAAGGUAUUGUUGGAACACUGGGCAAGAGUAAUAAUAUACUCCACGUCCCCACCGCCGAGGGCUUUCUCCAACAACUUCGCCAAUGGAGCCGAGGACUACCUCCAAGUGUACGUCAAUUUAAAGCUCCAUCUUUGCAAAAUCCAAAUUUGGAGCCUGCAGAUAGGCAAUCCCUAAUGGGAAGCAUGCACGUUUCGUGUGUCUAUUAUUUUGCAGUCACAUUGAUCACAAGGCCAUUUCUGGUCGCUUACCUGACUUCAAGGCUGCGUGGCAAAGCACCCGAUCACUUAAUCAGUGAUCCUGAUCAAGCAUCAGAUAUGAAGCUAAAGAACAACAAGGUUUCCAGGCUAGCGCAAGUCUGUGUGAGCUCGGCUAUCAAUAUGGUAGACAUGUGCAUCAAAGCUAAAGGCAUCAAUUUUACCUUUGGAAACUUCUGCUUAAUCGAAGCGUGGUUGUUUGGAGCAGGUCUAGUGCUCGGGUUCUCAAUGUUUGCAGGGGAGCCUCGAAGGGAUAUCGAGGAUUCAUUCCAGAACACGUGCAUAAUCCUAGCAGAUAUUGCUCUGACCAGUCAACAGGCUCUGCUGUAUCAUAAUAUUCUGAUCAGCUUUGCGGAGGCCGUGACUAAAUAUCGCCAGCGAGUGACUGAUGAGAUGCACUACGCUGUCCAGCAUUACAUGGAUCGCAUUUUGAUGAUUGAAACUACAAAUAUUCACAGUACUGACGAACAAAUUCAAACUACUAGCAACCGCGAUGUCAGAAAUCCUUGGGAGAAUUGUUUGGCUGGCAAUUUCAACUUACAUCCUGAGACCGACCCGCGAACGCUGCUUCAGAUGCCUUCAUUUCAGGACCAGCACGAGGACUGGGCUGGUGCCGAUCUUCAAUUCUUGGAUUACUUCUCGCCUGAGCUUGAACCCUUUGAUCAAUUAUUCUACACAGUUGAAUGA